GAACGCGGCCACAGCUCAGAGGCGGCGGGCGGCGCAGGAGGCGGUGGCACGAGACGGUGGCACGAGACGGUAGCACCAGGGCUGGCGAGGCAGGAGGAUGGCGGGCAGCUGUUGUACCAUGUUCGCACAGCGCGGGGACCUGCGAGGCUCUCCUGACAGCUCCAGAUUCCGUCCCAGACCCCCAGCCCUUUGAGCAGGAGCAGACCUGCACAGCACAACGAUGGAGAAUCUGUCCAUGAGCAGCAGCAGAACCCCAGUCUUCCUCACCUCCUCCUCCUCACACUUCCUGACCCCUCUGAGGAAUGGCUACGGUGCAGCCUCGAGCCCUCCCGCACCCUCCGGGCCCUCCAGCCCCUCUCCCCUGCCCACCAUCACCAUCUUGGGCUCAGGCGACUUCUCCAGAGCACUGGCCCUCCGACUGCUGCGUGGGGGCUUCCAUGUCGUGGUGGGCAGCCGCAGACCCAAGCAGGCAGCUCAUUGCUUUCCUCAUGUGGUGGACGUGACGCACUAUGAGGACGCGGUGGGGAAGGCCAACAUCGUGUUUCUGGCCAUCCGCAGGGAACACUACUCUGUGCUGUGGGACCUCAAACAUCUGCUGGAGGGUAAGAUCCUGGUAGAUGUAAGUAACAACAGGAGAGUGAACCAGUACCCUGAGUCCAACGCAGAGUACCUGUCCUCUCUGCUGCCCUCCUGCACUGUGGUCAAAGGCUUCAACGUCAUCUCCGCCUGGGCCAUGCAGCAAAGCUACCCCCUGGAUGCCAGCACACACGUGUAUAUCUGCAGUGACAGCGUGUGGGCGCGGCAGCAGGUUAUGGAGUUGGCACGGCUGCUGCACUUCCGGCCUGUGGACAUGGGACCACUGAGCUGGUCCCGGGACAUCGAGACCAUGCCCCUGCGCCUCUUUCCCGGCUGGAGGGGUCCUGUGCUGGCCGCUGUGGCUCUCUCCAUCUUCUUUUUCUCCUACUCCUUUGUGCGGGACGUCAUUCACCCAUACGUCCAGUCCCGGCAGAGCGACUUUUACAAGAUCCCCAUGGAAGUUGUCAACCGUACCCUGCCCGCAGUGGCCAUCACGCUUCUAGCACUAGUGUACCUGGCAGGGCAGGUGGCGGCGGGGCAUCAGUUGUACUAUGGGACAAAGUACCGACAGUUCCCAGGCUGGCUGGAGGGCUGGCUGCGCAGUCGCAAACAGCUGGGUCUGCUCAGCUUCUUCCUGGCAGCGGUGCACGUGCUCUACAGCCUGUGCCUGCCCAUGAGGAGGUCCGAGAGGUACCAGCUGCUCAACACCGCCUACCAACAGGUCCAUGCGGAUGUGGAGAGCACGUGGAAUGAGGAGGAGGUGUGGCGUGUGGAGAUGUAUGUGUCCUUUGGGGUCAUGAGCCUGGGUCUGCUGUCUCUGCUCGCUGUCACAUCCCUGCCCUCUGUCCACAUGGCCCUCAACUGGAGGGAGUUCAGCUUCAUACAGUCGACUCUGGGCUACAUCGCUCUGCUCAUAGCCACGCUGCACGGCCUGCUGUUCGGUUGGAGGAGGGCCUUCCAAUGGGACUCAUACCGCUUCUACCUGCCCCCCAGCUUUGUCCCGGCUCUGGCCCUGCCCGUGUGUGUGGUGCUGGGCAAGCUGCUGCUGCUGCUACCCUGCCUGGCCCGCAGACUACACCUGAUUCGGAGGGGACGAGACAGCCGACAGGAUGGCCCCUCGCGCCUGGAGCCCGUGGGGGCUGCUAUGUCUCCGGAGAGGGUUACCAUCAUGUGAGGAACCCAGCUUUGAGGGUAGAUUAGAGACAUCAGGAUCCGAACUGUUCCAAGCUCCAGAUACAGAAACAGCAGUAACAUUCUGCUCAAGUCAGACAUUAAAGGUCCAAUAUUACACAAAACUGACUCUUGUGAGCUUUAAGCCGUGUUAUAAUGUUGUUACCUCAUCAAAAACAGACCUGGAGUUGUUUUGUUUCAUUCACACGUUUGAGUAAUUCUGCAUUAUUGGGCUGUCUACAUUUUCAAAGCUCAAAAUGCUCUGUUCCACCUUGUGUCAUGAAUUGGUAGUUUUCAAGUUAACAGCAACCUUUUACCUUUAGUUCAUUUAUUCACUUUCUUUCACACUGUCUAAUAGAUCACCAUUGUUCUAGUAUAUACUGUGACAUAAACAGACUGAUAAAAACACUUUACAGGUUUAUAUUUUUGAAGUGUAGAUUGAAUUUAAACUUAUUUUUACUUAUAAAAUAGUAACAACUGUCAUGUUCUUAACUGAGAUCAUUCAAAUCACAAUAUGAACUAACAAAAUAAUCUUGUCAAAUCAAUUAUAUUAAAUAAAUGAAAUGCAAUUAUACAAAAUGCUAAUGUGAACCAGGUCCCUAUAAAGGCAGUCUGUGUAUAUUUUUAUUGAAGUUAUGCUUUGGUCAUAAUGUACAAAAUAUCAAAGGAUAUGAGACAGUCGUCUUAUAACUGGGAAAUCAGUGGUUGAAUC